AUGCUCUUUCCUUUUCUUGUCGUAUUCUUGUUUGCUUAUAUAGAACUAAUUGACAUAUUCCCGUUUUCCUUAGCCUCUAUUCUUCCGCGAGAGAAAAUAAGUUUUACUUUUUUUCUUUCUUUUUCUCUUUUUCUUUUCUCUUUCUUUCUUUCUUUUUCUCUUUUUCUUUUCUCUUUCUUUCGUUUUCUUUCUAUCUCUUCCGGUCUUUUCUUAAUCAAACUACGUUUUUCACUCUUUCUUACUUCCAUUCUUUCCUUUUUCUUUGUGUCUGUCUUAUACAUUUUCCCAAUUCUGUUUUUCUUUUCUUUUUUUAUGUCUUUCCCUCACCUUUAUAUCUUCGUCAUUUCUUUAUUUCUUCUCUUUCAUUCAGUUAUUCAUAUUUUUCUUUCAUUGUUUUUUACACUUUUAUCUCAUUAUAUUCUUCCUCUCUUUUCUUUUCUUUUCUUUCUUUCUUUCUUUCUUUCUUUCUUUCUUUCUUUCAUUCAUUCUUUCUUUCUUUCUUUCUUUCAUUUUGAUUUGGGAUCUUUCUUUCAUGGUAACAUUUUCCUCAAUCAUUCAUAUUCUUUACCAAACCUCCAGUUCGUUUUUAAAGCAUUUUUCAUCGUUAUUUGGUAUCUGUGGCAGAGCGAAAGACUGUUGAAGGGUAGGCGUCCAUGGACAUUUCCCCCUCAGCUAAAUAAAUUAUCUUUGAACAAUGAAGCCUUUUUUUCCUAUUAA